UUUAUUUUGAGAGUCGGUUAUUUGAUACUUUGAUUUCGGUCCGACGUUUUAUGAAGUCCAUUAAGAGACAACAAUUUUAAGCACCUUGAUAAAUUUUAAUCUAAAAAUUAAUUUCUCCAACACAUAUGCACGAAAAUUUAUGUUAUUAUUAUUAUGUCUAAAAAUAAUUUGUACGUAAAGAACUUGGGUAAUCUUGAUGAUGACGAUUUAUGGUGUUUAUUUAAUGAAUUUGGCAAAAUAAUUUCUCAUAAAAUAUCCAGAAAUUCUUCUGGACAAAGUAAGGGAUUUGGAUUUGUUUGUUUUCAGCAUGAGAAGGAUGCAAAAACUGCUAUAAGUAAAUUAAAUGGCCAGUUUAUUGGUUCAAAGCCACUUUAUGUUUCAUAUUUUCAAGGAAAGGAGGAGAGAGAGAAUCUUACAAAUGAAGACUAUGUUUUACAAAACAAGAAUACUUCAAAAAAAAUUGCAGUCAGCAAUUUAGAUGAAAAUAUUGAUGAUGAAAAGUUGCGAUAUUUGUUUGCUCGUUUCGGAAAUAUUACAUCAUCUAAUGUUAAGAGAUCAGAAAAUGGCUUGAAGUCCGGCAUAGUCUCAUUUGAAAAAAAUGAAGAAGCUGAAACUGCUUCAGAAAUUAUGAAUGGUUUUAUGCUUUGCAAAAAGAAACUAUGUGUGAAACUAUUGGAAUGUAAUCGCACAACAGAACGAAUUUCUCAAAUCAAGAAGAGUGUGUCAUCUACAAAUUUACCAUCGCUACUUGCUCAACCUUGUAAGAAUAAAGUAUUUGUUACAAAUUUGGAUGAGAGAAUAAAUUCAAAGGAAUUGCGAGCAUUUUUUAAAGAAUGUGGAACAAUAACAUCCUGUAGUGUUUUAGAAGAAAACGGAAAAAGCAGGGGCUGUGGAAUUGUUGCAUUUUCUUCAGAAGAUGAGGCUGAGAUUGCUAUUUUAUUUAUGAAUGGUUGUAAGAUGCGCUCUAAACAGCUUAGUGUUGAUUAUUAUAAAGAUAAGGUGGAGCAAAAAAAUGACUUAAGUAAAAAGAAUCCAUUUGGUUCCCAAUUGAAUUUGGAGUCUCAAUUAUUGAGUUCUUCAAAAACACAAUCCUUAGGCUCAAAGAUAUUUGUGAAAUGUUUACAUGAAGAUGUUAAUGAUAGCGAUUUAAAUCAUUUGUUUGCACGGUUUGGAUCUAUUACUUCUUGUUACGUAUUGAGAGAUAAAAAUAGGAGAAGUAAAGGAUCUGGUGUUGUUAAGUUUUCUACUGAACAAGAAGCAACAGAUGCAAUAAGAAAAAUGAAUGGAACCAUGUUCAUGACUAAAACGCUUUGUGUUGAAUUCUUUAAAUGCAAGAAAGAGUCAGUUCCUGAGUUAAGGAUAAAGAAAAAGAUUUUUUUUAUCUUUUUAAUCAAUUUGUGUUCUCUGCCAAAUUUGCCAAUCAUCAAUUUGUGUUCUCUGCCAAAAUUUGAGGCCAGCUCAUCAAUAAAAUCAGCAUCUUUACUUGAUUUGUCAACUAGAUCAGCUCAAAGUUCAACUAUAACUCCUAGAUCAACAAAAGACAGUGUCAAAAAUGACUUAAAAAAUUGUAAUUUGCGUAUAGAAAAUUUAGAUGAUGAUGUGGACGAUAAUGGAUUAUAUCGGCUCUUUUCAUGUUUUGGAAAAAUUAAAUCAGCAAAAGUUAUGACAUAUAACAAUGGUAAAAGUAAAGGAUAUGGAUAUGUAUGUUAUGAAACGAAUGAAGAAGCCAGCAAAGCAAUCAGCUCAAUGAACGGUGUUCAACUCUCUUCAAAGGAAACGCUUGUUAUCACUUAUUACGAACAACGAAAAAAUUUUAAUAACGUUGACGGAAAUAAAAAUGAGGUUGAGAAGGAAUGUUGCAUCUGUUACAGCAUUCUAACUACCAGGAUUGUGUUUGAUCCUUGUGGUCAUUCUUGUGUAUGCGAUAGUUGUGUGACACAAAUAGAUGACAAAUGUCCUUUAUGUCGAGGCAAUAUUAUCAAAUACAUUAAAGCCUAUAUUUAGCUUUUUAUCAAAUAUAAAUCUCUGUGAGAUAUUUCAAGUCUAAAUUUUAGUGAUUGUAAAUAUAGAAUAUUGUGCCGAAUCAUCGAGAAUAUUGUGCCGAAUUAUCAAGAAUAUUGUGCCGAAUCAUCGAGAGUAUUGUGCCAAAUCAUCGAGAAUAUUGUGCCGAAUCAUCGAGAAUAUUGUGCCGAAUCAUCGAAAAUAUUGUGCCGAUUCAAUGUUAUUAAUAAUUAUCAUUCUUCUAAUUUUAUAAUUGUGAUUUGUAAAAUUUGUUUGAAUGAUUUUCAUAUGAAAGGUUUUUAUAAAUUUAUUA